AAACCGGGAAAUGGAAAUCUAUGAAAAUAUGGCUCGAUUUGAAAAGAUCAAAGAAAACCCGAAAGAUUACCUCAAGAUAUUUAUACAUAUGACUUAUGGACUUCUCAAUCUUAGAUUAGCAAGACCAUUCCUUGUGAUAGCGAACCUUUUUCAUAUUUGUUCACUGACUUUGACGCUUUACAAGUCCCUUGUAACUUUGGAUCCUAAGUUUGUUAUGAAAUUUGGACCAGCAUGGGGACUAGAAGUAUUUAUGCUAAUAAACCUGUGGCUGAUGCUGGAGAAGCAGGAAAUACUAAAAGGAAUGUUCACUUGGCACGAAAGAAUAAGAAUACCCUACGAAAUCAUGGAUGAAGAGCUCAAUAAAAAAGUCGAAAUGUUAUCAAAAAUUCCAAUUUGCCUUGUCCUGAUGAACUACGGACUUGCCUUGCUUUCUUUCUUUUUUCUCGCCUACUCCUUCGAAUAUUUCAACGACAAGUCCUAUUCCAGAGUUUGGAUCAUCAAUGAACUCCCUGGAUAUUACUGGUCCAAAAUUGUAUUAUUGUAUGUUGUUGACUUCAUAUCUGCUACUGUUAUGGUUUCAAGCCCAACUGCUAUGAUUUACUUUGGCACAUCUGGUGUUUUUCGAAUUAUGUUAAUCAAUAAGUUUGUUAAAAGUAUCUGCAGUAGCCAAAUACCCGAGGACAAACGGUAUGAUUCGGAGUUGUACCAGAAACUUGUUGAGCAGAAGUUGAAGAUAUGCGUUUUGUUGCAUGACCAAGCAAUAAGUGAUUCAAUUCUUGCAGCAAACAUUGUCUACGCUUACAUAAUUCUAUUUUUUUUGGGAUCUAUUCUAAUGGGUGUGUCGUUGAUGAUGGUAAUCCUGAUGGCAUACAUUGAUGAAGCGUACAUUGUUUUUAUAGGGGCUAAUUUGUAUGGUAUAUGUUGUUUGAUUUCUGGUAGUUUAUACAUCACAAUUGGCCAAAUUUUGAAGGAUCAUUCAGAGCUUAUAUGGUAUAAUCUUGGUCAGCUGCCAUGGUAUUAUAUGAACAAGAAGAAUAUUAAAACAUAUUCUAUAUUUCUAAGGAAAUCACAGAAACCCAUCGCAUUGAGCACAGAUUUGCUUGAGGUCAAUUUUCUAGUUUUCGUAAGGAUUUUCCGAGCUUUAUAUUCUUUAGCUGCUUUCAUCAUGCGAAUGUCUCCACCAUCUGAUUGAACUAUUUCUGAGAUAGACACUUAUUCACAUUUAAAAUAUGUAACUCACAAAUAUA